AUGCCUGGGGAAGAAAUGGAGAUAACGACCGAUUUCGGUCAUGCUGGGUUUGGGGAAGAUAUCGACAUAGAUCUAGAUUUUGCGGUCGGACAACCUGAUGAGGACAUGGAGCUGGCAGAUUUCGACCAAAUUCAAGAUAUCCCGAAUUUCAACUCUGACACGAGAGAUGAGCUAAUGGCCGAAGGAGAUGAUGCGUCGUAUGGUAUGAUAGACGUAGAUGCUGAAGACGUUAACCAUAACGAGGUUGUGGCAGCUGCCAACGACAUUGAGAUUGAUCUCGGCGACACCGACGAGAACUUAUGGCAACAGAAUGUCUCCCGCGAAGAGAAUAUUGAGGCUGUUGUUGAAGUUGAAUUUACCGAGACCAUUGACGCCAGUAAUGUCAACGCCGAGAAUGUUGGCAACGACCAAGGGAGCUGGUUAGAAUCAUCGUCCUAUUCUAUUAGCAAGCCUGACGAAGUAGAAGCCGGUCAGGUCGAUGCGAUUAACACGACAGAUACCAAUCUACUUCCAGAUAAUCAAAUCAUUCUGGGGGACAGCGUAGUCACCCAAGACCUGCAAGUGGCCGAGGUCGAAGGCACCAAUGCAGAGGCUCUUGACGUAAUCGAUAAUAACGUCGAGCCAGAACUGGAGGCGAGGGAUGCGUAUCACGAACAGCAAGGCGUACCUGCUGAUGAUAUUCCCCAAGAGCCUACGGAGGAAUCGACUGUCAAUAAGCAACACGAAUAUACGGAUAAUAGUGAUACUCACCCAAAUGGAUACACCAGCCAAGGUAAUGAUAUCCACGAAGCUCAAGAAGGUGAAUCACAUCAAGCCAACGGUAACGGUGAUGAUGUAUCGGAAAUUGGGUAUGACGAUGAUGAUGACCCUCUAGAGCAUGAAGAGCCGCCUUCUGCUCCUAUACCAUCUAAUCAUGAAUUCACAAUAGAAAAUCCUGCCGAACAAGAGCAGGAAGAAGCGGGGCAACAAGAUCCUCCUCACGUAGGGGAUCCUAAGCAUCAGUUAGGUAGCGACUCGCAUGACGAGCCCGCCAAUGACCAUGAAUCUAGUAAUCAAGACCCCAGUAAAGAAGAGACUAGAGAUUCUGAUGCCGAUGAUACGCAAAGUCGGUUGGAUGAACACGAUUCCGAGCCCGAAGGGUACGAGGUUGCCGUUCGUGAUGAGAAAGAAUCCGAUGCUAGCAAAACUUUUGUAGAGCAUCCUCUUUCUAUUGCUACACGCCACGAGAUGUACAUCUCCUACGGUAAUACGGAUUACAGGCUAUUCGCUAAAUCCGAAGCCGAUGAUCCUAACCAGUACUUUUUGAGUGACAUGGCGGCCUUGGAACUUCCCCUCGGCCAAUUGUUGUCAAGUCUGCGAGAUGUCAUUUCAGAGGAAGUUUCUCCUUUAGACGAAUUGGUCAUGCACGUAGAUGGUUUGGGACUGGAGUUUUCCGAGUCCUCGGCAGCCGAUAUACUAGAAGAAUUCACGUUUGGCGACAUCCUAAGCCUAUAUGACAGGCUGGUAAAAAAUGACGUAGCAGAUUCAGCACCAGAUCUCUACACACAUCUCAUGGUAAGGCCUAAUUGUAAACAACGCUUUAGGGCGCUCCAAGAUAGCGCAGACGCCGGCCGCGGCCUUUCCGAAAUUGCCAUAUAUCGAGAAGAUACGCCAAUCGAUGGAGAGAAAGCUGGCGACUUCGAUGGCCACUCUCCGUAUGCCUUGCUCUCUGGCGAAGAAGAUGAGGCCUAUGACUAUGAAGAGAGCAGUCCCGCAGCAGACGAAGCCGACCGAUAUGAUGCGGGAGAAGCUGAAAAUAAUGACGAGUCUAACUCGCCCUUGGCACAUGGCUCGGUCGUGGGUACCACCACUGAAGACCCAGCAGGCGAAGAUGACGCUGUUGACGAAGCUAGCGAAGCCGAGGAAGCCGACGAGUUUAACGGGGCUGAAAACCCCGAAGCCAAAAAAGCCGAUGAAGCUGGAGAGACCGGAGGCAACCCGAAUGAUAACGCAGACGUCAAUGCCGAUGGAACUACAGCGGACGGCCUGAUUGACUUCUCUGAUGACGAACUAGACCUUUCAUCAACGAAGCAGGGUAAUUCUCACACUUCUCCUUUCAACCCCUCACUCUCUACUCGUUGUACCGGAACCAGAACUUGCAUAUGCGAUGACUGUUUUACGGAUGAAAUCAGGAAAAUGGAAGCUAGUUGGCGGCAUCUUGACAGCAUGAGGGCAGCUUCAUCUGAUCGUACCGUCCAAACUGAGCAGCAUUUCGAUUUCCAGAUUGACCAGGACAAUAUGGACUUUCAAACAAAUUCUCGUACCACACAGCACUUUUUCAUUCCCGAAUUUCGGUCUUUCAAAAAUUUGCAAAGAGUUACUAACAUGAAACUACUUCAAGAUCAACAACUAAACGGGUUUCGGCACGAUGAUACAAACGAGACUGUGAACGAGCUGAAUGCUUUUGCCACAGCCGAACGUAAUGAUCCGGAUCAGCAUCCAUCACCGACGAACGGAACAGUCGACGCUCCCAACUCCGAUAUUACUAGCGCCACUGCCACCCUGAACGGCGACGAUAAAGACGAAAUCGACUACUCGGAUGAUGAUGGAGAGGAUGUUGCGGCUGGCAACGAUGUCACUUUGAACCAUAGCAUCAACGUGUCGGCAACCCUUAAGGUGCCAGUUGAUGAUGAGAUCACGUGGGAGUCGGAAGACGAAGACGCUCAGGAUGAAUCCACUGCGGUCCCCAAGGUAACGGUACAAGUGUCUCCGAUAUCUGGAAAACGUAACCGGUCAGAUUCUGACCUGGGAGAAGGCGCAACUGAGCGUAACGAUGUCAAGCGUCGUCGUCCGUCAUGAUUUCUCCGAAUGUUCCAACCCGAUUUUCUCUUUAUUUCUGUCCCCCCCUUUUCCGACAUACAACAUAUUCGGACGCAUCACUAAUGAGCUGAUGUCGAACUCGCACAUUUGCAGUCUACCUACAGAUACGCGAUUCUGCCCCAGGGACGUAGUUUGAUUUCGACAUACUAACAUACAGGUACGAGGGAUAUUAGAAACGGUCAGGUAUUUUUAAUGGUAAGUUUAUUUGAUAACGAAGACAAAAAGUUGCAGCCCGCAAGGAUACACACGACGGAUCCGUCGCGAGCCGAUACGGUGAUGAGG